UCCUCCUUCUAGGCUUGAUUUCUCACUGUCUUUUCCCGCAAAUCCAUCCAGACUUGCGGUCGACUUUUGUGAAGUCUCCUCAUGCAUGCUAGACCAGCCUGUUUCUCGCGUCCUUAAGCUCUUCCUGCGAAGCCCGCGCUGGUUCCUGUCGCAGCCUCUCGAAGGGGUCGGGUCCAGCUUCCACCAGUUGCUUUCCUAGAUACCCAGCUCCCGUGUCUUGUUCUGAACGACCCUUUAUGAUUUUGCUCUUAUAAUGGCUUUCCUGUUCAAGUCCAAGAAACACCAGCAAAAUUCGCUACCGACAUCCAAAAAUGCUCAUACGCCCGAAGGAUUCCAGCACAAUGCCCAUGCUGCAAUGCUCAAUGGAGUGAAGGAGCGAGACGGGGCUCCCCAGACUCCGCCAACACCCCCCGGUAGCUACAAUAAUUCCUUGCCCAGCAGCUCAGGUAGUCAAGACCUUCAGCGGGUACGGCAAAGAGCUGAAUCAGAGCCGCAGGUUCGUUUUCAACCCGUUCAAUGCCUAAAUCUUAUUCAUCUCCUUCUAUUAUCCCCUUAAUUCUUGCUUUCCGGUCAUCAAUCUAUCCUUAUUAGUGCCUGCGGGAAUCCACGAGACAUUAACGACACCAUAGGCUCAGCGUCAGCAGAUGAUGAACGGCAAUGUCCCCAAUUACAGCCCAAAUUCUUCCCUAUAUCCAUGGUCGCAGCGACGUCUAAAUUUCGUCUCACCUCAAGGGAACCCAUUCCCCCGCUAUGGUGCAGCAAUCAAUGCCGUUGCCUCGAAAGAGGGUGAUAUCUACAUGAUGGGUGGGCUGAUAGAUGGUUCAACGGUCAAGGGAGAUAUCUGGAAGAUUGAGAGUGGAAACCUCUCAUGUGGUCCAAUUGCUACCAUUGCAGAAGGACCCGGGCCCAGAGUCGGACAUGCAAGCCUGCUAGUUGGAAACGCUUUUAUUGUGUUUGGUGGUGAUACCAAAGUCGAUGAAAACGACACACUGGAUGAUACUUUAUACCUCUUGAAUAUCUCCUCCCGCCAAUGGUCGCGUGCACUACCUCCCACUCCUCGGCCCACUGGACGCUACGGCCAUACAUUGAAUAUACUGGGCUCCAAGCUCUACGUGUUCGGGGGACAGGUCGAAGGCUACUUCUUCAAUGAUUUGGUUGCUUUUGACUUGAACCAGCUUCAGAAUCCUGCCAAUAAAUGGGAAUUUCUCAUUCGGAAUAGUCACGAGGGCGGCCCGCCUCCAGGUCAGAUACCACCAGCAAGAACGAACCAUACAAUGGUCACCUUCAAUGACAAGCUAUAUUUGUUUGGAGGGACGAAUGGCCUUGAAUGGUUCAACGAUGUCUGGUCCUACGACCCGCGCGCCAACUUGUGGACUCAGCUAGAUUGCGUUGGCUACAUACCUACCCGCCGGGAAGGACAUGCGGCAACCCUCGUUAAUGACGUUAUGUAUAUAUUUGGUGGCCGUACCGACGAGGGUGUCGACCUCGGCGAUUUGGCAGCUUUUCGCAUCACCACUCGACGGUGGUACUCAUUCCAGAACAUGGGCCCGGCUCCCUCUCCAAGGUCCGGACAUAGCAUGACCGCUUUUGGGAGGCAGAUAAUUGUCAUGGCAGGCGAGCCAAGCUCUGCCCCCAGAGAUCCUGUGGAGCUAAGCUUGGUAUAUGUUCUCGACACUGCCAAGAUUCGAUAUCCCACCGAACAACCCAAUGGAGAGAGAGGUCCAGCCGUCCGGAAAAUGAGCGUGGAUAAGUUUGGCCCCCCGACUGGCCGCACAUCUCGACAGGCCCAAACCACGCCGCCAGAUCAACAGCAACGACGAAUGCAAGGCCCUUCACGGGAAAGCAUAAUUGGAGGCCCAGGUGGACGCCCAGCGGACAUUGGACCAGGGCCGGGUUCAGGAUCAAGACUUCCGAGAGCAUCAAUAGCGCAGACACCGUCCGGCCCUCCACCUCCUGUGCAAGCGCCCUCUCCUGGCCCUAGGGGACCCAUAACCCAACCUGGAAUGAACCCCAGAAGUAAAACACCGACAAGAAUGGAGCGUGGAAUUGCUUCUCCUGCAGAUACAGUGCGGGCUGUGGCCCCAGAGAGGGGUAGAGAGUCACCGGUCGCGAAAGAUUCUCCGAAAGAUGUUAAGCCGGGUCACGAACAGAAUUCUAUGUCAUCAAUUCGUCCCCCUUCUUCCCAAUCGAGGCUUGCUGCUAGGGCUAUGGAGGCUGGUGAAGCAGCUCCAUUGAUUACACCAGCGCGGCAGCGCUCUUUGCGUCAUCACCGGCAGCGUAGCUCCAUGGAUAGCGCGGAUGAUUCUAUCAGUCGACGGACGAGCCUCGAGGGCUCGAUCGAAUCUCGGAGUUACAGGAAUUCUAGAUCCAUUGGAGACGAACCUCGCUCUCCCAGACUAACCGCGCAUCAAGAAGCCCUGAUCAAGGAGCUCGAAGCCACCAAAAGCCGCAAUGCCUGGUAUGCAUCAGAGCUGGCCCUGGCUAAGAAGGCAGGCUACACACCGAAUCCUUCUAACAUCCUUGAUCUGGAUGGCCGUGCAACAGACUCGCUGGCGGAGGAUCAUCGUCCCAUAAUCGAGGCGUUCCUUUCAAUGAAAGCGGAGCUUGCAAAGAUGCAGGCAACCGUGGACCGCCAAGCCGCAACUGCUUCUAAACGCAUUGCAGAAGUUGAGUAUCAAAGAGACGUUGCGCUUAGUGAGGCAGCUUAUUCGCGAGCUAAACUAGCUGCUCAUGGCGGAUGUCUAGCGGGUACUCCACCCCCCGACAAGCCCUCUCAUGACCUCAGUGAAGCGACAUCUGAGCGUAACACAGAUUUGAGUAGACGGCUAGCUUUAGCUCUUGCUUCCCAAACGGAGCUCAGGAGUAAAAUGGAAGCAAUAUCCGGGGAGCUUCAGCAAGAGAAACGUGCACGAGAGCUAGCCGAAGAAACCAAUGAGGCCACAAGGAAGCGUUUGGCGGAGCUGGAAAUGCAGACUAAUACAUUGGAGAUAGAAAGUCUGCGUGCGGAGCUACAUAGGCUCGAGGCAUCAUCCAGGCAAGAGACGUUACUGCGUUCGGAAGCAGAGACUUCGGUGAAGCAAUUGGCUAUUGAUAAGGAGGAAUUGUUGCAGAAAUUGGAAGACUCGUCCAGCCGUCUAAAAGACCAUAACAAUAACCUUGGCGCUCUCCGCGAGGCCGUUGCUGCCUCUGCAGCUAAAACCACUCUCAUCGAAAAGCAGCUGGAAGAGGAGCGCGAGAUUCGAGAGGGACUUGAGAGGAAAUUAUUACAGCUGAGGUCGGAGCAUGAGGAACGAACUGCAGAGCUUGAAAACGUCACCCGUCGUCUCAGAGAUGCGGAGAACCUCGCUGAGACCAAUGCCAGGGAAGCGGAAACUCAUAAAAAUGCGUUCCUGUCCGGCCUUGACCGGGCGUCGUCAUUCGACUCAGAUAGCUCGAUACGCUCCUUUGCCGAUCAGCGUGUCAAUGUCCUGGAAGCACAGGUUGAAAGGGCGAACGCCCUCGCAAAAGCUAACCAAACCGCAGCGGACGAAUCUGUGGAUAAGCUCCGUCGUGCAGAAGAAAGAAUUGCGGGCCUAGAAGCAUAUCAGGAGCAGGCGAGCAGAGAAGGCCUUCAGCUUCGAAGGCAAUUGCAGACCGCGAUGAAAGAGAGCCAGUCGCUUGCUGCUGAGAACAGGGAACUCAAGUCGCAGAUUGAAACUCAGCAGCGAGACAGUAGUGCCUUAGCUGCUCAACACUCUGCCUUGAAGGACCUUCUUGGUGAGCGUGGGGUUAGCGUUGUGGAUAGCAGGCGGUCCCCAAUGCUUGACUCUCCGGGGUCUCGUUAUGGAACGCCUGAGCAAAAUCGAUUGCGCGAGCUGGAGCAGCAGCUUUCAGCCAGCAUGAAGGCUCAUGAGGAAUUGAAGGCCACCUUUGAGUCUCGCGAGCAAGAAGCAGAUCGCGCUUACAGAGAGAAAUUGGAGCAACUGGAGACCGAUUACCAGUCUGCGGUUCAUUACGUCAAGGGCACAGAGAAGAUGCUGAAGCGGAUGAAGGAUGAGCUCAUGAGAUACAAGACCCAGAAUGCGAAGAUCCAGUCCGAAUUAGAGGCAGUACAACACGAUAUAGCGCAGCGGUCCGGUAAUAUCACAGAGGCUCCGGCCGAUUGGGAAGCUGAACGGUCGACUCUUCAGAAGGCUGUUUCAGAUCUCCAGCAAGAGAUGGCAUCGUCACUUGCAAAUUUGGAACGACAGAUUUCUAGUCUCAAAGAGGAGCUCGCUACUGCGAAAGCCGACAAGGAUAAAUAUAUGUCGCAGUACGAGAGCAGCAGAAAAGAUCUCAUCUCCAUAACGGAGAGGAGCCGUGAUGAACUGGAGCAGCUCAAACAUGAGAAUUCUCUGCUUGAGUCUCGUGCAAUUGAUGCUGAACAGAAAGUCAGUAUGCUGCUAGAUCAAGUUGAAACUUCUGUUGGAAACUAUCGUCGUCAAUCGCAGAUCAACAGCAUAUCACGCACGCAAAGUAAUGCAUCGAGCAACACGAUUGGUGGCACUAUCAGCCAUCCAGGAGCGGAUAGCGCUGUCACCCACGACGACUCGUUUCUUGAUAACCGUGGCUCCUUAGCCCUUGAUUCUCUUGCGAGCGAGUUAGAGGCGUUGCGCAGCCACUGGGAGAAUACCAAUCGGGGUUACCGUUUGAGUAGCCAACUUGACCUCGAUCGCACUCCGACAAGAGAUACCAUGGAGGGUAGUGGUCUGAGCGACAGCGUUGCUAACUGGCGGCGCAGGUUGGAUGAGGAGGAAGCAUCAAGAGCCGAUUCCCCCACAGGUGGGAAAUGAUUUUUGAAGGUUGGAAAAGUCAGGCUGUAUUUGUGGAUGCAUCGUGGGAUGCAUCCAACGAUUGUGGAGCACUCGUUGCUGGCGGCCUGUCUUGAUGUCGGUCACUUAUUUUUGGGGACGGGCACAUUUAUUACCAUUUGCUUGCUUGUUGAUUCUAUGAUUUCUCUUCCUUUGCUUCUUCGCAGGACGGGUUAAGCAUGCUAUGUUCUUCAUAUAUCCCUUAUCUUCUCUUCACCUUCCCGUCUUUCUUUCAGUUCAGUGUUCUUUAUUGCUAUCUUCUCUUAUUUCGCCCUUUUCGCCUCCCUCUUCAAUACCCAUUUUAUUUUGUAUUUCUUUCCCCCGACUUCUAUUCUAUCCACGACGGCUUUACGAAAAAAUGGAUAUAUCUCAGCGCGUGGCUAUUAUGUCAUCAUUCAUUCUGCUGUCCAUCUAUCUUACAGUUUGUUCCUAUUAUCCUGUGAUACUAUCUUGUAUGUACUUCUUCAACUGCAAAAAUUAUGCUCUUUUCACACGUUGGCCUUCUUUAGCUUGUUCCUGGCAAAGGAAUGUAGUCGACAGGAUUAUGCUUCCAUCCGGGGGUCCAUCCCAUGUCCAUGUAGUUAACUGCAUGGGCUCAAAGUUGACGGUGUGCAGAUUGAGUACGAGCCUCAUUCAUCCAUUGAUUGAUCAUUUACAUGUAUCAUUAAAACCUUGAAGUAUACUCUAUAGUAGCGUGAAUUUGAAAGGGAAUUUGAGCUGUUUAUUUUGGCGUUCUGCAAGUUAUUCAGGGUCUACUCUGUAUAUGUCGAUGCAAGAAUUA